AGCAACAGCACCAGUCCACCCCGUUAUAUAUAAACCAUCCCCUUCCAUCUCCUUUCCUUGACACCCCCACCACGAGUUCGCCUGAAAAUAUGGACACCCAGCAAGGCGAAGCGCCACUUCCUCCGCCUCCUCUCUUCGGCGACAUCCUCGAGCUCACGCUCGCUCACGUGCCCCUCGCCGACCUCGUCUCCGCCUCCCGCGUGUCCCGCUCCUGGGAGCGCGCUGUCUCCUCCUCCCUCCGCCACUUGAACCCCGCCAAGCCCUGGCUCUUGGUCCACUCCCAGAGCGCCCGCCCCCCCUACGCCGUCUCCGCCCGCGCCUUCGACCCCCGCUCCGGCGUGUGGCUGGACGUCUGCCUCCCCCAGCCCGCCAAGCACGCCUCCACCCUCCGGUCGUCGUCGCACUCCAACCUCCUCUUCAUGCUCUCCCCCUCCAGGCUCUCCUUCUCCUCCGACCCCCUCCACCUGACGUGGCGCCACGCGGCCCCCCCGCUCGUGUGGCGCGCCGACCCCAUCGUCGCCCUCGUGGGCCACCGCCUCGUCGUCGCGGGCGGCGCCUUCGACUUCGACGACGACCCCCUCGCCGUCGAGACCUACGACCUCAGGACCGAGGUGUGGGGCGCGUGCGGAUCCGUGAUGCCCGCACUCCUCAAGGACAGGUCGGCCUCCGCGGGGCUCUCGGUCGCCGCGGACGAGGACAGAAUGUACGUGACGGAGAAGCUGUCGGGCGUGACGCACUCGUACGACCCCGAGGCCGAUGCGUGGCACGGGCCGCACGACCUGCGUCCGCACGGGGACGUGUACUGCUGCCUCGUCGGGUGCUGCAGCGGCCGGCUGAUCCUGGUGGGCCUGCUGGGGAGCGAAGAGAAUGUGAAGGGCGUGAGGGCGUGGGAAGUGGAGCGAGGGACGUGGAGGGCGAGGGUGAUCGGGGAGAUGCCGCCGGAGAUGGUGAGGAAGAUGGAGGGCGAGAGGUUUUGCGCGUCGUCGAUGAGCGUGUGCUGCGCCGGCGACUUCGUGUACUUGAGCAGGGAUUCGGAUCCGGGCACGGCGGUGUGGUGCGAGGUGGCCGGGGACGGGGGUUGCCGGUGGGGAAGGGCGGAGAGCCCGGCGGCGAGCGGUGGCCGGGGGCAGGCGGAGAGGGUGGUGUUCACGUGCGCGAACGUGGGGAUGACUGAGCUGAAUCGAGCUUUGGCUUCCGGUGAACGGAGGGAUGUAAUUCGGAGCGCAUGACCCGAUCCAGCAUCGGUCGAGAUUUUUCCUUUAUUAUUUCCUUUCUUUUCCAACGCAAAUUAUUAAAGUAGUAUGUUCUCAUUUUCCUAUGCGUAUAUAAGAAAAUUUGUUA